AUGGCUACCACCACAAAUAUUUUUGAUGAACACAAUAAUGAUGCCUCCGACCAAAACAUUGAGGACUACCACCACAACAUUGAAACCUCCCACCACAAAAAUGAUGCCUCCCACCACAACAAUGAUGCCUUCAAUCACAACAAUGAUACCUUCCACCACAACAAUGAUGCCUCCCACCAAAACAAUGAUUCCUCCGACCACAACUUUGAUGCCUCCCACCUCAACAAUGAUGCCUCCCGACAAAAGAAUGAUGCCUCCUACCACAAAAUUGAUGGCUCUCACCGCAACAUUGAUUCCUCCUACCACAACAAUGAUACCUCUGAUCACAACAAUGAUGCUCGCACUACAACAUUGAUGGUUCCCAACACAACACUGAUGCCUCCCACCACAACUUUGAUGGCUCACACAACAACAUUGAUGGCUUCCACCAAAACAUUUAUGGCUCCCUCUGCAACAUUGACGCCUCCCAACACAAUAUUGAUGCCUCCCACCACAACAUUGACUCCUCCCAUCACAACAAUGAUGGCUCCCUCAACAACAUUGAUGGCUCCCACUAAAACAUUGAUUGCGUCCACCUCAACAUUGAUGCCACCACACCACAAUAUUGAUGCUACCCACAACAACAUUGAUGGCUUCCACCACAAUAUUGAUGGUGCCACGACAACAUUGAUGCCUCUAACCACAACAGUAAUGCUUCUGACCACAAAAUUCAUGCCUACCACCACAACAUUUAAGCCACCUAUCCACAACAAUAACGUCUCUAACCACAACAUUAAUGUCUCCCGCCACAACAUUGUUGCCUUCUACAUCAAAAUUUAUUCCAACCUGCACAACAUUGAUGCCACUAACUACAACAUUAAUGCCUCCCACCACAACACUGAUGCCUCCCACCACACUAAUUAUGCCACCCACUACAAAGUUGAUGCCUUCCACCACAAAAAUGAUGUCUUCCCUCAAAACAUUGAUGCCUCACACCACAACAUUGAUGCCUCUGACCAAAACGUUGAUAGCUCCCAUCAUAACAUUGAUGCCUCCCACCACAAUAUUAUAGCUACCACCACAACAAUGAUGCCUCAAGCCACAACAUUGAUGCCACCCCCCCCCCCAACAUUUUUGCCUCCCACCACAACAAUGAUGCCUUCCAUCACAACAAUGACCCCACCUUCCACCACAACAACUCUCACCACAGCAAUGAUGCCUCCGACCACAACUUUGAUGCCUUCCACCUCAAAAAUAAUGUCUCUCAUCACAGCUUUGAUGCCUACCACCACAAAAAUGAUGUCUCCCACCAAAAGAAUGAUGCCUCUUAACACAAAAAAAAUUUAUGCCUUCCACCACAACAUUGAUGCCUCCAAUCACAACAAUGAUGCCUCAAACCAAAACAUUGAUGGCUUACAUCACAACAAUGAUGGCUCCCACCACAACAAUGAUGCAGCCAACCACAACAUUGACGCAUCCCAUCACAACAUUGAUGGCUCCCAAAACAUCCCUGAUGCCUCCAACCACAACAAUGUUGCCGCUGACCAAAACAAUGAUGCCUCCUACAUAAAAAAUUAUGGCUACCACCACAGUGAUGGGUCUCACCAGAAUAUUCAUGCCUCCCAACAAAACAUUGCGGCCCCCACCCCAACACUGAAGGUUCCCACCACAACAUUGAUGCGUCCCACCACAACUCGUGAUGGCUCGCAUCACAACAUUGAUGGCUCCCAGCACAAAUUUGAUGCCUACCACUACAACAAUGAUGCCUCAGAUCACAACAAUGAAGCCUCCACCAGAACAAUGAGGCCUCUGACCACAACAAUGAUACGUCGCACUACAACAUUGAUGGUUCCCACUACAACACUGAUGCCUGACUUCACAACAAUGAUGCCUCAGAACACAAUAAUGAUACCUCCGACUAAAACAUUGAAUACUACCACCACAACAUUGAAACCUCCCACUACAAAAAUGAUGCCUCCCACCACAACAAUGAUGCCUUCCAUCACAACAAAUGGUGCCUCCUACCACAAAAUUGAUGGCUCCCACCACAACAUUGAUGCCACUAACUACAACAUUUAUGCCUCCCACCACAACACUGAUGCCUCCCACUACAUUAAUGAUGCCACCCACUACAAAAUUGAUUCCUUCCACCACAAAAAUUAUGUCUCCCCUCAAAACAUUGAUGCCUCACACCACAACACUGAAGCCUCUGACCACAAUGUUGAUGACUCCCAUCAUAACAUUGAUGCCUCCUUCCACAACAUUCAAAGCUGCCACAACUACAAUGAUGCCUCAAGCCACAACAUUGAUCUCUACCGCUACAACAAUGAUGCCCCCAACCUCAACAAUCAUGCCACCCACUACAACAAUGACGCCUCCGGUCACAACAAUGAUGGUUCCCACCACAACAAUGAUGCAUCAUAUCACAUCAUUGAUGGCGCACAACACAUCCCUGAUGCCUCCCACCACAACAAAGAUGCCUCUGACCAAAACAAUGAUGCCUCCAACUACAACAUUGAUGCCUUUCAUCACAACUUUUUUGCCUCCCACAACAACAUUGAUACCUCCCACCACAACAAUGAUGCCUCCCACCACACCAAUGAUGUCUUCCAUCACAACAAUGACCCCUUUCCCUCCACAACAAUGAUGCCUCCCACCACAGCAAUGAUGCCUCCGACCACAGCUUUGAUGCCUUUCACCUCAACAAUAAUGUCUUUCAUCACAACAUUGAUGCCUACCACCACAAAAAUGAUGACUCCAACCACAAGAAUGACGCCUCCUACCACAAAAUUGAUGGCUUCCACCACACCAUUGAUGCCUGAACACUGCAGAGUACGCUACUGCAUUGUGACGUGA